AUGAAAGUGAGACUUGAGACUCCUCCGGAUCGAUUGCGAAGACAUCGACAUCCAGCUGUCCCGCGGAAAUCGCUGCGGCACGCACGCGACUAUAAUCGUCAACACACGGUUGAUGCGGCGGCACACAAUAAGGUGGUGGCGGCACGCAAAAGGUUAACGGUGGCACUGAAAAUUAUUACCAACGGCACACGUGAUAGUGGCGGCACACGUGAAACGGCAAACCGUAGCGGCGGCACGCAAAAUUGA